AUGGCCGACGCUCGCCUGCUGGAGGAGCUCGAAAAGUUCGCUACGCGGCCGGAUAUCCUAAUCAUGGGCGACUUUAACGCGCCCCAUAUUGACUGGAGCUCAACCCAUGCAAAUAGCUCAGAACAGACCUUCGAUAGGAGUUUUCUGAACACGGCAUUGAAGCUAUUUCUCACUCAACACGUCAUGUUACCAACUAGAGUACGCGAAGGCCAACAAGCCAACUGCCUUGAUCUUGUCCUUACGAAGUCACAGGACAGCAUUGAUGAGGUGUCAUGCCUACCCCCCUUAGGUAAAAGUGACCACGUCGUUCUUCUAUGGGAUUACUCGCUUUUUUCCAUGCCCAAGAAACCCGGGACAGUUAGAAGAAACCUUUGGCGCGGGGAUUUCGGCCAAAUGGGGGCUGAAAUUUCACGCAUUGAGUGGGAGUCCAUAUUUGUUGGGAGCAUACUCGAAGACUGGCAACGGUUCCGAGAAAUUCUGCACGAGCUGAUCGUAAACCACUGUCCGCUUUCACGGAAGAGGUUAACUAACAGACCUCGAUGGCUUACGCAAGCCUUGAAGAAUGAAGUGAAUAAAAAACGACGGCUGUGGAAAAAAUCGCUUUCUGACAGGAGCCCCACAUCUAUACGCGCGUACAAAAUUCAAAGAAAUCGAGUCAAGGGUCUUAUUCUCAAAACUCGAAAGGAAUUCGAACGGGAUCUGCUUAACCGUGCCGCGGAGAACCCUAAAUUAUUCUACGGUUACAUUAGGCAGUGCACGCGGAACAAGGACCCAAUACCCCUGCUAAGGACUGCUGAAGGCGAGCAUCUCACUGACGACAGGGCGAAAGCUGAUCACCUUUCAGCAUUUUUUCGGUCUGUUUUUAGUAGCGAAACAGGAUUCAACCCUUCGGCCCUUCAAUCCUUCGAAGACACCCCAAUUAUAGAGACCGUCCAGUUCACUGAGGGUAUGGUUCUGACGGAGUUGCUGAGGCUAAAGGAAUCCAAAUCACCAGGUCCCGAUGAGAUUCCGGCGAAGAUUUUGAAGGAACUCGCCCGUGAGUUGUCUAAGCCACUCUCCCUGCUUUUCCAUACAUCCUUCGAGACCGGAUAUCUGCCACCCGACUGGAAGUCGGCGUGGAUUACGCCGCUGCACAAGGGCGGAAGUCGGGUCUCUGCGAAUAAUUACAGACCGGUCAGCCUCACCUCCAUUUGCUGUAAGAUUAUGGAGAAGAUAAUAAAGCAACAACUAAUGCAGUUCCUUGAACAAAAACAUUUGCUUUCCGGUUCUCAGCAUGGAUUCCGAAAAGGCAGAUCCUGUGUGACAAACCUGCUCUACUGUCUGGAACACUGGACUAGGGCUGUUGAUAGAGGAGAUAUGGUGCAUGCCAUCUAUAUCGACUUUAAAAAGGCCUUCGAUAGUGUGCCUCACCACCGCCUUCUAUACAAACUUAGCCGUGCAGGAGUGCGGGGUAAGCUUCUGAUGUGGAUUCGGAGCUUUUUAAUCGGCCGCUCUCAAGCCGUCCACGUCGGUGACCAACAAUCUGCCGAGGUUGCCGUUAAGAGUGGUGUUCCCCAAGGCUCCGUUCUUGGCCCUACGCUGUUCCUCGUAUACGUCAAUGACUGCGCAAACGAACUGAAUUGCGAUGUUGCAAUGUUUGCCGAUGACAUAAAGAUUUGGAGUACCAUACGAAGCGAAGUUGACGAGGCGCGACUGCAGACAAGUCUGGACCACCUCGAGCAAUGGUCGAAAGACUGGUUUCUACCGUUCAACGUAAACAAGUGUACUUUCCUACGCGUCGGCAGAACCAGUUCUCCUAACCACACGGUCUACCGUCUGACUGGCAAACGACUGCAAGAAGUCGACGCCCAGAAGGACUUGGGUGUAUGGAUCACAACCUCGCUUAAGCCUUCGCUGCAAUGUUCAAAGGCGGCCAAGUCGGCGAUGUCCAUGCUAUACCCUGUCAAACGGACGUUCUCCUCCUUUGAUGAAGACUGCUUCGCCAAGGUCUUUCAAACUUUUGUGCGACCGCAUCUGGAGUUUGCUAUCCAAGCAUGGCGACCCUGGACCGCUAAAGACUUGGGCAUACUCGAAAAAGUUCAACGGCGAGCAACAAAACUUGUAUCUGGGCAGUGGUCACUACCCUACGAAACGCGAUUAGCUAAUCUUGACCUCUUUCCUUUGAGUUACAGACAGCUACGUGGGGACCUGAUACAAGCUUUCCGCAUCGUGCGCAAUCAGGGCUGCUGCCUCGCGUUUGGAGACUUCUUCGAGUUGGCGACUACGACUAACCUGAGAGGCCAUCCACUCAAACUGCGUGUGGCUGCGCCCGGCUAG